AUGUCAGCGAGGCGCGGGCACUCGAUUCUUCGCAAGAAUAAAAUACAAAACCGCACGCAUAGAAUACUAGCACUUGUCCCUGUCGAGCAUGCACCAUCCGAUACUAGUGAUAAAUCUGAAAAUAACAGUGACAACGAAUUUCCACCACCAUCUCCAAGCCCUGUUUCAUCCUCUGCGCCUUCCAUUAAUUCUUCUUUAGAACGCUUAGACAUCUAUAGUAGUCCCGAACCCGAACAUACUCAAAAUGACGAUGAACAGCCGUUAAAACCAUCCGAUUUAUACCACUCCGAAGCUCUCCAAUUAACUCCAGUUUUGCAGGAAAUUUGCCCCCAUACACCAUCCAGAGAACCAAACUAUGAUAAUGUUCCAUCAUUAUCUUCAAUAAUAUCACUUCCAUCUGAGAUACAAUCACCAACACCUUGUACGUCUUAUACUAGAAAAACUAGAUCAAAAAAGCAGAUAGCUCCAGCUGCCAAAAAAUCUAAGAAAAUUCCUAAAUUUUCUCUUUCUUACAAAUGGAAGAAAGGUAUUUUUCGUCACCGUGCCGUAAUCGAAGAAAGAACCGAAACCUAUGUCGAUUUUCCAGAUGAUGAUCCUCUUGAUUAUUUGUAUUUAUUUUUUUCUGAAGAUAUAUUUACCGAUUUAGUAGACCAGACCAAUCUUUACUCCGUUCAACAAACCGGAAGAUCCAUACAAGCAUCAGAGAAUGAGAUGAGGGAUUUUAUAAGCAUCCAUAUUCUAAUGGGAAUUGUUGAAAUGCCUUGCUAUCUGGACUAUUGGAGCAAUUCGUUUCGAUACGGCCAGAUAGCAGACAUAAUGACGUUAAAACGUUACCAACAAAUUCGCAGAUUUUUACACUUUUCCGACAAUAACCUGCAGGACUCUGACAGAUAUUACAAAGUAAGACCCAUAGCCGAAAAAAUACGAAGAAAUUGUUUAAAGCAAGAAAACGAGAAUAAAUUUAGUAUAGACGAGAUGAUGAUACCCUACAAGGGCAGGAAAGCAGGAAACAGGAAACAGUAUAUGAAAGACAAGCCAAAUAAAUGGGGUUUUAAAAAUUAUGUACGUGCCGGUGUAAGUGGAAUGAUUUAUGAUUUCGUUUUAUAUGCAGGUGAAGAUACCUUUCGUUCGCAUAAGUUUACAGAGCAAGAAUCUUCACUUGGGUUUGGAGCAAAAAUAGUUAUAGCCUUAACUCAGACUAUACAAAAGAAACCAGCGACUAUAUUUUGUGAUAAUUUCUUCUCAUCGCCAGAGCUUUUUUACCUAUUGAAACAAAACUAUGGUGUCUUUGGUCUUGGUACGAUACGUAGCAACAGGAUUAGAGGAGCUGAAAAGUUUUUACCAGAUGAAAACUCGAUGAAGAAAAAGCAGAGGGGUACGUUUUCACAAGUUGUUUGUAAUGCAAACAAAUUAGUUAUUGUACGCUGGAGUGAUAAUAAACCUGUUACUCUUAUAAGCUCAUUUGUUGGAUCUGAACCGGUACAAAAAAUAAAAAGGUAUUGUAAAGAGCAGAGACAAAAAAUAGAAGUUGAUUGUCCGCAAAUUGUUUGCGAGUACAAUAAACAUAUGGGGGGUGUAGACCUGGCUGAUAUGUUGAUAUCAUUAUAUAAAGUUCCGUUUAAAACUAGAAGUAACUGUAUAAAUACUAAGCGCCUCGGUGGGGUAAUGGUAAGCACGUACCGCUGCACAUCCGGAUGUCCUGGUUUCGAGACCCGGGUCGGGCCAAGUUUAGUUAUUGCAUCUUUUUCUUUAGUAAACUUCAGUAACAGCUCGGAGUUGGGAAGUUGGCUAAGUUUCACCCUCGUGCACCGGAGAGCACGUAAAGCCGUCAGUCCAGCGUCUUACUCGCACUGGUCGUGUCGUUCGAUCCACCAGAGUAUGAGAGUGACAGGAAUAGAGAGUGCACUUGUGUCCGAGCACAUACUAGUGCACUAUAAAAAUAGCCUCAAUGAA